GUCCUCCUUUUGUUCGCUCAAGUCCUGAGCGCAACGGGACUGACAUUUUCAGCUCAGGAAAGAACCCAAAAAGCGCGCCAAGAACAAUCUUGCGACCGACCGCAGCACGCUUGCGUCAGUAUCUUUUUUGCACAUUACCGAAUCUGUCCGGACAGUGUUUACCAGCCACAUCAUUGCGCCUGCUUUUUUUCCGACCUCGACAUCGAACCGGCAUCGAAUCAAAAACACACACAAAAACAACAGCAACCAGAAAAAGGGAGAGGCCGCGGUUCCUUGGAAUUGAUCGUAUUUUGGAGCGAGACUGAGCACGAUUCGCGACUACCAACCGUCCAGCGUCCAAAAUAAGGCAGCAUCGUCGCACAGGAAGGAGCAACACAACGCAGCCAAUCCAUAGCGUUUGCCGCCCGACAGCCCCCCUGCCCAGCCGCCUAACACCUCACCAGCCAGUGGAAAUUUGGUCUGGCAAGCGCAGCCUGGCCUUUGAAACGACAGCAGUCACCUGCAGCCCCAGAAGCCCAAAAGCUGUCGGAGCCACCCAACGGCCGUGCCACCCUGCGUCUGCGCCGAUCAAUGGGCGAAGGCCCUGUCGCGGCAGCAGCCUCCCACCACCACCUCCACCACCAUCAUCACCACCACCGCGACCGGCUCCCCUCGCACGCUCUGGCGAAGCCGUCGCCGUCCCUGGACUCACCUAGUACUAUGAGUCCACCACCACGCCGUUCUUCUCUCGGAAUGCUGCUGCGACGAAGCAAGUCGGGCGACCUGAAGGGCAAGAAGGCCCAGGCCCGCGAGGCCGAGCUGCAGAGGCAGCGCGACGCGUCCAUCCCCAAGUCGCCGCCCCGCCUGCCCGUCCUCUACAAUGGCGCGCCCGCCCCGGAGCUGCAGACCUUUGGCGGCGACGCCCUGCGCCCCGACUCCAUCGCCAUCGUCUCGGGCCACGCCUCGCCCAUGGCCGACAACCACUCCAUGCUGUCCAGGCCCUCGUACGACCCGGGCUCCCGCUCCGUCGUCAAUGUCCCCCUUCCCGUCCCGCCAAUCCCUCAGGGCGCCUGGGUCGACCCCUACGCCCGCACCGAGAGCAUGACCCAUCGCGGCCGCUAUAGCUAUGCCAGCAGCGCUGUCAGCACCGUAAACAACCCCAGGAGGGUCCGCAGGCGCAAGGACCCAACCCCUUUCAACAUUCUCAUAGUCGGAACCCGCGGCUCUGGCAAGACGUCGUUCCUCGAGUUCCUCAAGACCUCCCUGGCCCUGCCUGCCAAGAAACGGGCCAAGAGCACCGCCGCCGAUAUGGACGACUUCACUCCAGCGCCACCGCCGGUUGGCAACUUCAUCCCACACUUCCUCGAGACCGAGAUCGACGGCGAGCGCAUCGGCCUCACCCUCUGGGACUCGGAAGGACUGGAGAAGAACGUGGUUGACCUCCAGCUUCGCGAAAUGUCCACUUUCCUUGAGAGCAAGUUCGAAGACACAUUCACGGAGGAGAUGAAGGUGAUGAGGUCCCCUGGCGCACAAGACACGCACAUUCAUGCCGUCUUCUUGGUCCUGGACCCUGCCCGCCUAGACCGCAACAUCGCGGCAGCCAAGGCACAGGCGCCUACCGGCCACAACGGCAAGUACGUGGUUCAGCCACGCAUAGUGGGCGGGCUGGAUGAGGACCUGGAUUUGCAGGUCCUGCGGACCCUCCAGGGUAAGACCACCGUCAUCCCCGUCAUCUCCAAGGCCGACACCAUCACGACCAAGCACAUGGACGUGCUCAAGCGCACCGUCUGGGACAGCUUGAAGAAAUCAAACCUGGACCCGCUCCAUGCGCUGGGCUUCGACGAGGACGACUCGUCGAGCCCUGACUCUAGCAGGAUCGACGAGGAGCCCGAGGAGGACGAAGACGAAGAAGUCCCCGUUCAAGAUGGUCGUAUCACGCCAACCGACGAGGCACAACCGCAAGUUCUUGGCGAGGAUGGCGAGGAUGAUGGACCAUCUGCAGGUGCCGCGUCGCCCGCGUCGCCCGCGUCGAAGCUGUCGAAGCGCGACUCGAUCCGCCGUAGCCGGACACAGGAAGAGCUCAAAGACGACGAGCCGCCCUUCAUCCCCAUGUCCAUCAUAAGCCCGGACAUCUACGAGCCCGACGUCGUGGGGCGUGCGUUCCCCUGGGGAUUCGCAGACCCGUACGAUUCGGCCCACUGCGAUUUUGUGCGGCUCAAGAACUCCGUCUUCAGCGAUUGGCGCGCCGAGCUGCGCGAGGCCAGCAGGGAGCAGUGGUACGAGACAUGGAGGACAAGCCGGCUCAAGCAGCGCGAGAACGGCAAGGGUAGCGGCGUCCGUCGUUAUGCCACGACUGGAGGCAUGGGUAAUUAAAAGCAAGGAAAAAUAAUGGAGGGAAAGAAGUGCAAACCAAAAACCCACCACAUUCCAAACCCACAGACGCCCGCCGUGCGCCUGUCCGUCCUCCUGCACAACCUUGAUAAAGCCUGCAGGGUUCCAACGCCACAUACCCCUCUAUUUUUUUUGGCUCUUCCACACGGUUUUUUUUUUUUUGGCUCGCUUCACUCUUGCGCGCUUUUCAUUGCUUCUCUGCAUUCUCCAUGCUCUUUUGUCCUUGUCAUUUUGCUACUUUUUGAACCGUCCAGCGGCAUACCCUUUUAGCACCCGACCUUUUUUCUCUUCUUUGCUAUGUUAUUCCAUUCUCGAGUUCGACUCCGGGGGAUGGUUGGCUGCCAGCUUGAAAUGUCCAUCCAGCUCGAACCUCAUUAACAUGCUCGGCUACACCCACAAGUCAAUCCAGCCCCCUUUUUUACACCCCUCUUUUUUUUUUUUUCUUCUUCUUUCACUUCACUCCCCCUUGUGGAGGAAACGGGAUUUUCUUUUAACCGCGGUCGGAGAGGCGUCUGGAACUAUCUCGGGUGGUGGUCAAAAGAACCUUUUGUUGUGUUUUCUGUCAUCUUCCUCGUCCACCGGGAUCCAUGGGCUCCCUUUUACUGCUUCCAUGUAGUUAGUUUCCCCAAGGCCUUGCUCUCCUCCCUCGCCACUGUCGCGCUCUGUAGUUGACUAGAGUGAAUCAAUCGUGUCGUGUGUGGACAUGUGUCAUUCCCA